AAUUUGUAUGAAAUUUUAUGCCAAAUGGUUAGGCUAUCAAUCCUCUGGAGCUUGCAAUGGAAGCACUCAAAGAAAUUCAGUCCCGCUUCUAUCGAGAUUUCCCUGCCCAUCCUAAAGAGCAAGUUUAUGAAUUUGCUACACCAUCGACGAUGAAACCAACUCAGUGGUUUUAUCCUGGGGGAGGAAUCAACCAAAUUCCUGCUGAGUGCACUGUUUCUGGAGAUGUUAGAUUGACUCCAUUUUACAGUGUAUCAGAUGCUAUGAAGAAAUUACAAGAAUAUGUUGAUGAUAUAAAUGCCAACAUUGACAAACUUGAUUGUCGAGGCCCUGUUUCAAAAUAUGUCCUGCCAGAUGAGAACUUAAGGGGCAGAAUCACUAUAAGUUUUGACGAAGCUUCGUCUGGAGUUGCUUGUGAUCUCAAUUCUCGGGGCUUUCAUGUGCUAUGCAAAGCUACUGAAGAGGAAGUUGGGCAUGUAAAACCAUAUUCUAUAACUGGUACUUUGCCAUUGAUAAGAGAUCUGCAGGAUGAAGGUUUUGAUGUUCAAACUUCUGGCUACGGCUUAAUGGCUACAUACCAUGCAAAGAAUGAAUAUUGUCUACUGUCAGAUAUGUGCCAAGGUUACCGCGUCUUUGCAAGUGUCAUCUCACAGCUGGAAGAUAGAUAUGAGGUUUGACUACGUCAUAAUUCAGAGAAUGGUUGACAAGAAUAAGGUUUGAUAUAAUACAUGAAAAGUAGCUCUCACCGAUGACUUGUGCUAUAGUACUGCUGGUUCUAUGUUGAAUCUUGACUAAUCUUUCUAAGUACUAGAGAUGAAAUUUAACUUGUAUUUGAGUUCAAUUUUAGAUUCUUAAAAGUAAAUCCUGAGCAUUUGUUUGACUUUUGUGGCAUCAGCGUCAUACUAUAGCCAUGGAGGUUGGAGAAUUGCUUUAGGUAUGAUGUAAUUGAUUGAUAAACAGUACAUCACAGCCUAUUAUACAUUAUAGGAUGUCCAUGAAUCUGGCUUUAAACUGA